CUAGGAUUGAUAUUUACAUUUUGCCCUGUCGUUUUUUGCUACAGAAGAGAAUAUCCAACAACACAUCGUGGUUAAUACUGCGGUCUGGAGUGGGAAGAAAUAGAUAGCAAGAGAUGCAGCCAGCAACAGCGAAGUGGUAUGACAGAAGGGACUCUGUCUUUAUUGAGUUCCUGGUAGAAGACAGCAAAGAUCUACAAGUGAAGUUUGAAAAAUCAAAACUUGAUUUCCGUUGUGUUGGUGGGAUUGAAACCCUCAAACACCAUAAUGAAUUGGACCUUUUCGACUCAAUUGAUCCCAAUGCAUCGAAGCACAAACGUACAGACAGAUCAGUGUUGUGUUGUCUGAAGAAAGCAGAGGCAGGAAGAGCAUGGCCACGGUUAACAAAAGACAAGGCAAAAUUUCAAUGGCUGGGUGUCGACUUCAACAACUGGAAAGACUGGGAAGAUGAUUCUGAUGAGGAUCUGUCCAGUUUCGACAAGUUCUCAGAGAUGAUGAAUACGAUGGGAGGAGAAGACGGCAUGCCAGAUCUGGGCAUGGGUGGUAUGGAAGGUCUCGAAGAGCACGACAGCGAUGAUGAAAAGAUGCCAGACCUGGAGUAAUGGUGCAUAUAAAGUCUGUAACCGAUGACGACAAGAAAUGAAAGCCUCAAAGGUCGGUUGAAGAGAGAGACGAGUUGAGUUGGUAACCAUAUUUGAAAAAGGAGGAAAUAUCAGCAGUUUUCCAAACACGUCAGAGGAACCUCACUGAGGAGAGACUGUAUCUGUCGUCAUGGCAUCGCAGCAGAGCAUUCUCCAGCCAAUGUCUUAGUGCUGUGCUUUGCUGUUCUAAUUCUGCAUGGACAAUUCAGUUGUUUCCAUGAUGUGCUGUGGGGUUCAGUUAUACCGUGCUUUAACUUAACAACCAGGGGUGCCUUCAGCAAGGAACAGUGUUAUGGAACGUUCAGAUAGAAUUACGUCAUGUCGAACAAAGGUGCCACUGACAUGUAGAAUGAAGGAAUCGUGUCGGCUCAUCGUAUUUCAAUCUGCAACGUUUGACAAUGUUUUCCUACUGAAUGUGGCCCCGCUCUGAUGGGAUAGUCUGAAAGUUACUCUCCACCUUUUUAUUUAAUAACGUCAGUGAGGUUACGUAUUGAAUAUCAACAUAAUUGUAAAUUCUAACAGAAGAAAAAAUAUGUUUUAAAACAACUGCCUAUUUUCAAUAAAGUUGUUUCUUUUUUUUAGUGAGAAA